AGCCUUCGCGAAAGCUACACUAGCGCCAUGGAAGAGACCAUCAGAAAGGGAUAUGCAGCAGUAGCUCCUGAGCCCCAGCUUAAUCCUAGCUACCGCCCACGAUGGUAUUUGCCGCAUCAUGCCGUAUUUAACCCCAAGAAACCGGGGAAGGUAAGAGUUGUGCUGGACUGCGCUGCCAAACUGUCCGGAACUUCUUUAAAUGACUUCCUGUAUCAGGGACCAGACACGACAGCGAACUUGGUUGGAAUAUUAUUGCGUUUUCGCAAAGAACUGAUUGCCCUGACGUCCGAUGUGGAAGAAAUGUUUAUGCAGGUGAAAGUCCCAGAGUUUGACCGAGGUGCUCUGCGGUUCCUAUGGUGGCCUCAGGGUGAUUUCUCGAAGGAACCUAUUGAAUAUCAAAUGACGUCACACCCAUUCGGUGCAGUGUCCUCACCGUUUUGUGCGUAUUUUGCAAUGGCCAAGACUGCCGAGACGUAUGCCAACGAUUAUGAUAGCUAUGUGGUGGAAGCAGUGAAGCAUAACUUUUAUGUUGAUGAUUGCCUAGUGUCCUUUGCAAGCCCAGGUGAGGCAAAAACGUUCGUAAAACAGUCCACUGAGUUGUUGUUACGUGGUGGCUUUAAAUUGAAGAAGUGGGUGACUAAUUCAGAGGCAGUGAGAGUAGUUCUUCCUGGUCUGAGCCACACAGAGAACUCAGUCGACUUACGUGUUAGUCAAGGCUCAAUCCACAGGGCCCUAGGUUUGGAAUGGGACACCAUGCAUGAUGUUUUUAAGUUCCGAUUUGAACCCGUCGAAAAACCCUUCACGAAGAGAGGACUACUAUCCACCGUCUCAGCUCUUUUUGACCCACUAGGCCUCAUCGCCCCAGUUUGUCUUCCGGCCAAGCAGCUAUUGCAGAAUCUUUGCAAAUCUCAUGCUGGUUGGGAUACACCCCUGAGUUCCAAUGACCUAUCCCUAUGGAUGGAUUGGAUGAGGUUCAUGAAGAAUCUUGGGCAAAUCUCCGUACCCAGAAGUAUCAAGAAGGAGGAUAAGAGUGAGAUGAGUAAGAUUGAGUUGCACUUAUUUUGCGAUGCCUCUGAAUCUGGUUAUGGAGCGGUGGCUUAUUCGUGGAACGUUCCAAAAAACACGCCACCCUACAGCAUACUGCUUUAUAGCAAAUCCCGGGUUGCCCCUCUGAAAACGGUGACAGUGCCGAGAUUAGAGUUAGCUGCGGCAGUAUUGAGUGCACGAAUGAGUGAAAUUUUGAGGAAGAACCUCCCAAAUAGCUUUGACAAGACUUAUUUUUGGACAGAUUCUAUGAUUGUUUUGUACUAUAUUAGAAAUACAGAGAGUCGGUAUAGUACGUUUGUGGCCAACCGUCUAGCCAUUAUUCACCAGUAUUCAUCCCCAAAUCAGUGGGGGUACGUUAAAUCUGAAGAGAAUCCCGCAGAUUGGACAUCAAGAGGCAUACGAAAAGCGUGUGAAUUAGCGUCUUGGAUUCAGGGCCCCUCUUUUCUGGGAACCCGACAGUUUUCAAGUACCACAGACCUCUGCUGGAAGGAACCACCGAAAAAUGUCGAAUUGAAGAGGUCGGUCCGAACAAACACAAACGUUACUGAGCUCACUGCUGAUCCGAUUUUGGCGUAUCAUUCGGACUGGGUGAGGCUGAUUAAAGCUGUGGCAUGGCUUAAGAGAUAUGUGGUCUACAUAUCCGUUAUGUAUUCGCGUCGCCAAGGUGUGUCACUGAAUGUUGGCUAUCUAACAGCCGAUGAACUGGAAGCUGCUAGACAUAAAGUAUUAUGUAUGGUACAACAGGAGGUAUAUGGAGAAUUAAUAAAGGAACUCCGAGAAAAGGGUAGUUGUGAGACUGAAGAAGGUGAAUUGCAAAGGUUGUCACCUAUACUUGUGGAUGGAUUGGUCUGCGUCGGUGGGAGGUUGAACUAUUCCGACUAUCCACUUACUUUUAAGCAUCCGGUUAUCCUCCCCAGACAUCACUUCGUGACUGAGCUGAUCAUAAGGCAUUAUCAUAUUAUAGAAGGACAUACUGGUACUUCGCAAGUCCUGGCCACUCUACGAAGAAACUAUUGGAUAAUUAAGGGGAUCAGUGCGGUCAAACGGGUGAUAAGAAAGUGCAUAGAGUGCCGACGAUUGAAAGCUGCACUGGGUCAGCAGAUGAUGGCCCCUUUACCGGUCUGUCGCGUGCAGAAAGGAUGGAAACAAGUUAAUUACUUAGCUGACGUAUUUUGGCGCCGAUGGAUGAAAGAGUAUCUACCAUGCUUGCAAACUCGUCAGAAGUGGUUGGGAAGGAAAAGAAAUUUCAAGGAGGGAGAUGUGGUGAUUGUGGCCUCUGAAAAAACACCACGUGGUUCCUGGCCUUUGGGAGUGAUCGAAACAUGCGAGAAGGACGAAGACGAUUUAGUAAGAACUGUGAUGGUGCGUAUGAAGGAAGGUACCGUGAGAAGAGAUAUAAGAAAGCUUUGUCUUCUUGAGGGAGUAGAAGAAAGAUAGAGUAUGCAGACAGCUAGGUAGAUAGAGCCACGGCUGAAUACACAGAGGUGUUUUGCGUGUCUGGAGGGAUUUUGGUGGCCGGUGUAAAGGAAAAAUGAUCUGAAAAUCCCUCCCGAUCACCCUUAUUUGAUUGUAUUGACAUUUAUUUUAACAUUUUUACCCUCGUUAUGGAUGGUGUACCUUUGACCCUCGCCGGUGUAAUGUUAUUUGCUUGUUUAACUGUCUUAUUUGACUUUACACUCGGUAUUUGCCUUUGUAUGUUUGAGACUUAUUAUGAGUGUUUCACUUUCCUAUUAUGUGACGCUGGACUGUUGAUAAGGUGAUGUUGUUUUACUGCGCACGACAUUUUGUUUUGGUUCAACUUACGGUUGUGCAGUGAUUUGACUGUUUGUCUUUUGACUGUCUACUGGGAACGUUUGUUUGUUGAUUUGAUUCCUGUAGGCAGAGUUUUGAUCCCUUUUGCCGGGAAUAUUCCUAUUGACCGACAGGUAUUUAACAGUUGUAUUUUUUAACCAGUUUUUACCGUGUAGUACGUAUUUGUACCCGAGAACGUUUUGGACUGUAUAGUUACCCAACGGCACUGUUGAGGUAUUUUUGUAAUUUGACAUAACUUAUUGUUGCUUUGAUAGUACCACAGAUUUUGUUACGAAUCUACUAUUGAAUUACUACA